UUGCCGUUCGCUUCAUUGAGCGUCCGGCCGCUGAUUUACCGCCUCGAGACUCUGCGCGCAACAGAGGCCCCUCCUGAUCCUUAUUGCGGCUUACCCCAUCCUGGUCCGAUCCCGUCGCAACCCGACCGAGCGCUGUCUGAGGGAGGGAAGCAUCCAUCACGGAUCCGGGCGAGCGAGCUGUUUGCCAUCUUCUCCCGGGCUUACACCUAUCAGCGAUCCGACUCCAACCGAGAGAACAAUGACGAUUAUUCAAUAACGCUGCCCCGAUCAUGACGUCAAUUCUUUGUUUAGCGCACUAUUGUGACCUCCAUGGGCCGACGCCCCUGAUGGUCACGGAGGGCCUUCCAGUCCCUUGCAGCAUCUGUGACGAGGCUCCUCCCGGUCCUGCCUCUUCGCGCGACAAGUCUGACCCAAAAGCCCCAAGUUCGGGCGAAUCUUCACAUGUAGCCGCCAUCACGGAAGCCCUCCGCCGCAUCAACUUCUCCGAAGCUCAGCGGAGCUCGUCUGAGCCUGUCACGGAACAGGAAGCCCAGUCCCGCCGCGCCUCCAUACGGCAGGCGGCUCGGGCAGCUGCUGCCUCAACUACCGGCUCUGCCAUCGAGACCCCUCCUCAGAGCCCGUGUCUCGCCCCAGGCCCUGGAGCGCAGCAGCAGAAACCGCGACAGGAUUCUGGCUUCCGCAGAACCUACGACGAAUAUGUGACGCGGCGCGCCGGUCCAUGUGACAACUGCGCCCUGACUUUACCUAAGCGACAGGAAAAUGGCAAGGACGUAAGCACGGGGUCGCGGCCUGACCGAGGUCCUACCCUGAGGACGCGAGCUCCAUAUGCGCGAGUAUUUACAGGAGUCGAUAACCAUAUGUCACCGCCGACGUCCCGGUCAUCCUCGUCGGCCCCGUCUGAAGACGAGUCCGGCAACCAGCAACGUCCACCAUCCCACCGUCGAACCGGGACUGGCCUCUCGGUGACCUCUCGUUCCAGCGGCACCUCUGACAGCGCGAGUGCCAACUCGCACAUGCACUUUCUCGACUACACGUCGACUCACGAGCCCCUUGCGCCCGAAUCCUUCUCCCUUGUUCGCGCAUCGUGUUUGCGCACGCUGUCAUUGGAGACUCUCCCCCGCGCGCCAGCGACAAGCCCCGCUGCCGCCGGAGCUACCAUGCCCACCCCAAGCGGCUCGCCAAAAAGCCCGGCCUAUGUCACGACUCACAGCAUCGGCUCGGCCGCGUCAGGUGGUUCAAUCUUCUUCGGCGACCGAAAGGUCGGCUAUACCACAGCCUACAUCUUCCGAGUUCCCGACGUCCAUGCUCGCGGGCACAAACGCGUCUACGCCUUCUUGGCGCUUAGCACGCACCCGGAGCCCACUGCCGUCAAGACUUUUACCUUUCUUUCUUCCGCCUUUCGGGACAUGGCUUCUUGGAUCCAGGAACUCGCAGAGGCAGAAGCCGAGCGCGCCCUUGCCGAGUCGACCGGCUCGUCAGGAAACAGCCCGGUCGCCCCCGGCCCGGGAUACGGGAGCUUCCACUCUGAGCCGGUCGCGCCACCCGUCUCUGGGGGUAACAGUAGCUUCCUGACGGGAGGCAUUGGCGGCCUGUCGCGGCGAAUGGGUGGCGGCUUUGGAGGCUCCGGGGUUGCUCUCAAACAGCGCGGACUGGCGGAGCUAGUCGGGCUGCCCGACUUCUUCAUCGAGCUGCAUGCCAAGUUUGUCCGGUUGUUACUCGAGAUUGGAGUUAUGGUUGGGUCGUGAACCCCAGCAAGCCGCAGCGGACAACCUCUGUCCUGUCCUUUGGAGGAUUUGCGGCGGUCUCGAUGAUGGAGGCAGGCAGCACAACACUCUGCCAUGCUCCCUGCUCCACCUACUCUGCCUGCUCCGCCUGCUUCGACCGCUUCGACACAACAACAAGCCUUCACUUCUACCUCACAACCUUGUUAGUAGAAGGUUGGUUUUGUGCAAACCACCUACCGCGCGGCCGAAAGAUUUGCAUCACAAUUGGAACAAGCACUGGACUGGGUCAUGGAUGCUGAGUCGAUGGUUGGUU